AUGGGCGAAGAAUUGUUUACUGUGAAGUCUCCGGGAGAGUGUGGAUUCAAUUUAGUGAAGCUCGAGAUUUAUCCCUUUGCCGACGUAGUGAAUUUGGACAAGGCCCAAUGGUGGAUGAAAGCGACAAUUCGGAGCAGCAUCUUAACUUCGUCUCCUGUCGAUCCUCUACAGAUGCAAGUGGACAAAAAGACUACUAUGGAAAUUAAAUUGCUUUUCGCGAACGCUUUGUAUAAUGCCCCUAAUAGCAACAUUUCCGUAUAUUAUUAUAAUCUAGAGGAAUCUAUUAACAUUAUGAAUGCAAUGCUUUUAUAUCAAUUUGAUAAUAAUUUAGAAGCCAUACGUCAAUUUUUAAACGAUUUGUUAAAUGUUUGCGAUCGCAAAUUACCAAAAACUAAUUCUUUUUUUCUCCUUAGUGAACCGAAUGCUGGUAAGAAUUUCUUUAUGGAAGCAGUGUGUUCUUAUUAUAUUAGUGUUGGUGUAAUAAGUAAUUUUAAUCGCUAUAAUAGUUUUCCUACUAUGGAAUGUAGAAAUAAGCGCAUAUUAUUCUGGGAUGAGCUGACUGCUGGGCCGAGUGUUUUUGAAGCUUUGAAAGCACUAUUCGCUGGAACCACGUUGAAUGUGAAAGUGAAGUAUGAAGAUGACCAACCUAUAUUUAGAACUCCUGUUAUUAUAACCUCAAACAAUGAUAUUUUCCGAAAGGAUAGUGCCUUUCGAACUAGGAUGAAACGCUAUCGUUGGAAAGCUUGUGAUGAUUUGAAACAUCUGACGAAAUUUCCCUAUCCAAUGGCUUGGGCUGGGCUUUUGGAAAAAUAUCAUUGCUUUGACGGGAUUUUAUAUCAGGAAUUGCAAGAAUUUAUAGACGUUUUAUAA